CAGCUGUCCUGAAUCACCUGAACAAAGCAUGAAAUCUGUUGGUGCAGAUGUUUCUUUAUUCGUUUUCUUCUCCCUCGCUGCCCUUCAGAAUACAGGAGCUCAAGACUCUUGCUCAAGCCAGUGUGGGAAGCUGCUUGGGACCUGUUCAUGCCAGGAGAUUUGCCAGUCCCUGGGGACUUGCUGUCCUGAUUACAAUGAAUUUUGUCUUCGGAUUUCUCCAUACUCAGGAUCUCUGAUGGGAGGCAAAGAUUUUUUGAUAGAAAAUACAGCAUUUAAUACUUCUGUGUUAAUGUGCAGAUUCAAGCAGCAAGUCAUAACCAGUGGCUAUGUUGAUACGGAUGGAAAAGCCCACUGCCUCUCCCCAUUGCUGUUUGAAACUGGUUUCAUCCCCUUUGACGUUUCUACAGAUGGCGGGCUGACAUUUCCAUACUCUGGAACUUGGUUGUCAGUACAUCACAGCAAGGUUUCGACUGGAGAAGAAUGCACAUUGGUCAAUGAGACAAAAUGGCAAUACUAUGGCACUCCUGGCACGGAUGGAAACUUAACUCUGACCUGGACACACCAAGCACUUGCAGCAUCCCAUAUCAACAUAGAAGUCUGGGGGUACCAGGAAACAGGCGAGAGUUACUCAGAAAACUGGAUGGCUGAAUGGAAAUAUCUUUAUACUUUGGCAAGAGAAGCUCCCAAUACAGGGACAUUUUCUUUCAUUCCUGUGCCUGCUGAAGCAAAUUACAAUACUUGGGACUUUGGAAUUUUGAGAAUUACCCCCAGCACCUAUUCUGAUGGGCAAAGCAACAUUCCAUCCAUCUGGAGCCCAGAACAUGCAUUGGCUUGGCACCUUGGAGAAGACUUCAGAAAUGAGCCAGCUGCAUGGGCAACUGCAAAAUGUAUAGAGUGGGUCAGGAAGGAAGAGCAACUUCCAAACUUCAUGGAAGAAAUAAUAGAUUGCCCUUGCACCUUGGCACAGGCAAGAGCUGAUACUGGCAGGUUCCACACAGAUUAUGGCUGUGACAUGGAAAAGGGAAGUGUGUGUACUUACCACCCCGGCGCUAUGCACUGUGUAAGGGCCAUUCAAGCCAGCCCCCAGUAUGGAGCAGGACAGCAGUGCUGCUAUGACUACACGGGGACCCAAAUCCUCACACAAGACUCCACAGGAGGCAGCACACCUGACAGAGGCCACGACUGGGGAUCACCACCUUUCCUGAAGCCUCCCCGAAUACCUGGCUUUUCCCAUUGGCUUUAUGAUGUUAUCAGCUACUAUUACUGUUGUCUGUGGUCUGAUAAUUGUCACUUCUAUAUGGAAAACCGGCCCUCUAGUGACUGCAGGACGUAUCGCCCACCCCGAGCUGCAUCUGCCUUUGGGGAUCCUCACUUCCUCACAUUUGAUGGUCUGAACUUCACUUUCAAAGGACAAGGGGAAUACACGUUGGUAGAAUCUGAUCUCACAUCCUUAAAGGUGCAAGGGAGGACCCAGCAGGCACGCUUCCCCAAUGGAACUCAGGCUCAGGUGACAGGCCUGUCUGCAGUGGCCAUGCAGGAGAACAACUCUGAUGUGAUCGAAGUACGCUACUCAGCAGAUUUGAAUUUGGAAGUCUUGUUGAAUCAGAAGGUGCUCAACUUCUCUGAGCAAAGCUGGAUGGACUUGGAAGGUCUCUUUCUUCAUUCCACGGACGAUCAGAAAGUUACAGUGAUGUUCUCUUCUGGGUCUGGAGUGGAGAUUAGGGGAAGUGGAGGAUUUCUGACCCUGACAGUUCUGCUCCCAGAGAAGUUUACGAAUCACACACAGGGUCUCUUUGGGGUGAUGAAUGGUAACAUAGAGGAUGAGUUUACCUUCAAGAAUAAAACCACCAUGUCGGUUCAUGCGAGUCCCCAGCAGUUGUUCGAGUUUGGAGCUAAUUGGGCUGUUGAAAAUGGAACUUCUCUCUUUACUUAUGACACAGAGAUCUUACUGAACGAUUAUUUUUACGGGGAAAAGCACAAUGCCUCCUUUCUGCCAGUGUUCCAUCCGUAUGAAGACCCCACUGAUCCCUUGGUGGAAGAGAUGGUCUCACUCUGUGACUCAGACCCAUUCUGCAGAUUCGAUGUCCUGACAACAAGGAGCCUUCAAGUGGGAAAUUUCACAAGACUGUCUCAUCAGAAUCACAAGCAGCUGGUAGAAAGUCUAGAGCCAGUGAUUUCUUGUGGCUGGCUGGGUCCCCCAGCCAAUGGAAGGAAGGAUGGAACUAACUACCUAGUGGGCUCAGCCAUCCAUUUCACCUGCAACCAGGGCUACGAACUCACUGGAUCAAAAGAAAGAAUCUGUCAGUCAACUGGAGACUGGUCUGGGGACUCACCCGAUUGCAUCUUAAGAUCAGACUUCAAACAACUAAUUAUCCUUGCCUGUAUGCUUGGAGUUAUGAGUCUCGCUGUUGUGACACGUCUACUUCUCCUAUAUAGAAAGGACAGACGCAGAGCCAAGCAGAAGCUUGCUUCCCAGGAUCCAGUGACAUCUCAACUAGAAAGAGCAAAACUCCCAGAUGAGUUUCCGAUGAAACAUGGAGAAAGCAUAGCAGAAGGAUAAACAGCCCACAGCAACAAAGAUAGAAACAAUGGCUUCAUGCAGUAUGCUAUCAUUUAAUUUCUGCCCCCAUUAUAAUGGCUGUUCCAUCUCUGGGAAAUGCUACCAAACUUCAUGGGAUUGUAUAACAGCCAACUCAUCCUACUGUGUAUCGUAAGGAAGGGAUAUUGCUUCUGAAAGCAUCGGUUGCAAAGUUAUGUGCACUGGUUUCUUCUAUCAGGCACAUUUCAGACAACAGAACCAAAGUUUUGACAGAAUCCAGAAGAGUCUGUGGUUUCUCUGCACUUUUCCUCUCAUCUUUUACUUACAAAGUAAUAAAAUGAAAAUAAUCCUAACCUAUAACACUGACCUUUAUCAGACAAACACACGUCUUCCUGGGGCCAUUUGCAGCCUGUUCAGAUAUGAGGGCUGCUCUGAAAGUACCACCUCCUCUUGCAUGACAUUGGCAGUACAAGACAAACCUUUGUAAUGUGAUGGAAAGUGCAGCAAUGACAGCAGAACAACAAAAUCCUAGGUUGCAGUAUGUAAAAAGUUACUCAAGUGCAACAGCCAUAAAAACAAAGGAAAAAAAGCUGCUUACCUUCAGAAGGCCUCAAGUGCACAAGGACCUCCAGCAAGCUCCCCUCACCUCCACUGCCAACCCUUAAAUGAGGUCUGGGAAGGGGUGGAGCCAAGACCCAGAUUACUCAGGUACAUCACAUGCACCUGAGCUCCCCUGGGUUGGCCCUGCUUUCCCACCAGGUGCUCAAUCCCUGCUUCAGGCCGUUCUGCUACAAACUUCCCACCAACUUCCUAUUCCGUUCUGUUGCUGUGUGACAGAUGGCAGCACAGGGGCAAUCUGACAAAUGACAUCUGACAGGAAAAUGCAUAAGAAGCAAAGGUGUGGAACUGAAUUUCUCCAUGGGGAAGAAAUGGCCCCCACUGACAUUCAUCGUCUCUUGGUGAACAUCUAUGGAAACCCAGCAGUGGAUGUGAGCACAGUGAGGGGUGGGUGGUGCAUUUCAGCUGUGGUGACAGUGAUGUGAAAGACAUCUUACCUGCCAUCCUGUUCCUUAGUUUCACCUGCACACAGAAUGCUUACAAACAAUUAACGCCAUGUUAAUAAUGAAAUUCACACCAUCAAUUUAAUGUAUCUCCCAACGUUUGUUCUUCCAGCACUCUUGACAAAACCACCUUUGCUCACUCCAUGCUCCACUUCCUUCACCAACCACUCAUAUAGCAACUCACACAGUUGCUAUACGUGCCUAUAUGCCAGUGGCACAGUUUGCUUUCAGGCAGUUUGUUGCUCCUGGUCAUUCCUUGGUCUUUUUUUUUCAGAGCUCUUUUUUUUUUUUUCUAAUAGGUUAUUUUUUUCUUUCUGUAAUAGAGAAUCAUUUAUAUUUCAAUUUACUGUAUUCAAGAUCACCCAUUUGCAUUGUGCAAUUUUCUGCUUGUGGUUUGUGGCCGCUGUUCACAAAUAACAGCAAUGGCAAUAACAACAGUAGCUAAUAAGUAAUGAAUCAUUUUAUACUUCUUAAUACACAGUCUGAGAGGCCCCUUUCAGUGUGUGCUGUCCCAGCAGAAUGUAAAAUCUGUACAUUUUGUCCUCGCCUGUUGACACAGCCAUGAUUUCCCAGCAGUUUAUGAAUGAAAGAUCUUAGAAAAGUAGAACCAAAGAGCUGCAAAAGUUAGUAAUUCUUUCACUGGCAACAAGGGUUUCAUGAUGCACAACUGGCUUCCCAAACCUUUUGGUUGUAGGCUGGAGGCACAAUAAAUUGGCAAAGGUGCCCCUUUGAGAAUAUAUUAGAUGACAUGGUAUAUAUGAAUCCAUUGUUUAAGUAUCUUCUUUUUUUCUCCUGUUUUUAAUAUAUCUCACAACAGCCAAAAGAGAUUUUAGCACGUUUUUCACCUCACGGUUAUGUACAAUGAGAGCUUUCUGCAUACUGAGAAUGAGGCAUAUAUUGUGUAUUGAUGUACCACCAUAACAAAGCAAUGAAACUGUGUUUUGUGGCUGACACGUUCAGAGUAGUAAAAUGGGUCUCCCUCUCCUUUGUAGAUGUUUGAAGGGGUCGUUACGCAGCAAAAGUAUGAAGAAGCCGUAAGGACAAGAAUGUAAUGACAAAGGCUUCAAGCUAAAAGAAGGGAGAUUGAGGUUGGAUGUGAGGAAGCAAUUCCACACU